AGGAGGAGACUUUUUCCUGCCUUCCUUGUUUUCUCUGCUCUCCAACAACAGCCAGCAGCCACCUUUCAUUCCCUUUUCUUCUUUACUGACUGAGCCAUCAGACAUUUGUGCAUCAUUGUGCCCCUCAGCCGAGCCACUGACACAGCACCGUGACCGCCCCGCAGUAUUUUCCCGCUUCAUCCAUGUACCGGAGUCGGCGCACCGGCUACAGCCAUGUAGGACGGGCGCGCAGAGGCUGGCGGCGGUGACAUAGCGGCAGGAGAACCGGCAGGUAAUUCCAGCGCUACUACGGACGCUUGUUUACUGGUGUCCGGGUAGAUCAAAGCCAGUGCAGUUCAGUUUGUCUGCCAAGUUUGAUGACCCCAUCCCCAGCAGUUAGCAUGUCCCUGAGCAUGGAGAUGCCCAGGAAGCGUAAGGGCAGUGUGGACAAUCAGGAAACAAAAUCUGCCUCCAUUCUUGAUGCAAAUAUGGAAGAUGAUCAAAAUGGGUACUGUACAAGUUCCAGUUUCUUAGAUGGCCAUCUAUGUUUUUGUUUACUGCUGCAUUGCAAGACACCAGUUUUUCUGCUCUACAGGUCAGAGGGAGAAGACCAACAUGCCAAAAUUAAGUACUUCAGGGAGCCCCACAGCCAAAUUGAGAAGAGAAGACGGGACAAAAUGAACAAUCUCAUUGACAAGUUAUCAGCCAUGAUCCCGACUUGUAACUCCAUGUCCCGCAAAAUGGACAAACUCACUGUGCUCAGGAUGGCUGUGCAACAUCUCAGAUCGCUGAAAGGUUCAACAAGCUCUUUUUCUGAAGGCACCUGUAAGCCUUCAUUCCUUCCUGAUGAAGAGCUCAAACAACUUGUUCUCAAGGUUGCAGAGGGGUUCCUGUUUGUAGUGAGUUGUGAUCGUGGAAAAAUAGUCUUCGUUUCAGAGUCCAUCACGAAGAUAUUAAAUUAUGGUCAGGAAGAGCUGAUUGGACAGAGUCUCUUUGACUACAUACACCCUAAGGACAUUGGAAAAGUGAAGGAGCAGCUCUCAGCUUCUGAACUGUACCCUCGUGAACGUUUAAUAGAUACUAAAACUGGUCUGCAGGUCCAGGCUAACCCCCCAGUUGGUGCGACACGACUGUGUUCAGGUGCACGGCGCUCUUUCUUCUGCCGCAUGAAGUGCAACAAAGUUUGUGUCAAAGUGGAAAAGGAAUUCCAGCCCAGCACCUCCAAAAAGAAAGAGACACAGAAGUACUGCACGGUGCACUAUACAGGCUACAUGCGCAGCUGGCCAACCAUGCAGUUAGGAGCUGAGGGGGAGGGCGAGGCAGACAAGCAAGAGAACGCCGAUUUCAACUGCCUGGUCGCAGUGGGCCGUGUUCACUCCCACUCAUCUCCACAGAUCAACGGAGAGGUCCGUGUUAAACCCACUGAGUUCAUCACACGCUACGCCAUGGAUGGCAAAUUCACCUUUGUCGAUCAGAGAGCCACCACCAUUCUUGGCUAUCUUCCCCAAGAACUGCUUGGGACGUCAUGUUAUGAAUAUUUCCACCAAGAUGAUUUACCGCAUUUAGCUGAUAGACAUCGCAAGGUGCUGCGGAGUAAAGACAAAAUAGAGACGAAUUGCUACAAGUUCAAAACAAAAUACGGCUCUUUUGUCACUCUUCAGAGUCAGUGGUUUAGUUUUAUAAAUCCCUGGACCAAAGAAGUAGAAUACAUAGUGUCAACUAAUACAGUUAUGUCGCAUGACUACAGUCAAACAAAUCGGACAGGAAACAAAUCUGAACAGUCAAGUAAUUCCAAAACUUCAGAAGAAGAUAGUAAGAACUCUCUUCCUGUUACUCCGGGUAUCUCCAAUACGUGUGGAACUAUGAUUUAUGCUGGAAGCAUUGGGACCCAGAUCGCCAGUGAGCUCCUAGAUUACAACAGGUUGAACCCAUCACCUGCGAGCAGCACUGUCAGCCCUUUCAGCCUCCAGCAGGACAAAUCUCCACAAACUCCCAACCAGUUGCCAAAGGGAGAGAUAGCAAACAUGGAGAUUCCAGGAAAGUCCAGCUCAGAGGUUGAGCCUCAGGGACCUGCAUUCUCAAGAGGAGAAACAGGAGCGGGGAAUUCCCAUCUGGAUUUGGACACCGUGGUUGGACCAAGCCUUGGAUGUCUUAACAGUGAUGAAGCAGCCAUGGCAGUGAUCAUGAGCCUCUUGGAGACGGAUACAAACUUGGAAGGCAGAUAUGCCUCUAAAGCCUUACAGCAGAUUGCCAGCCCUUUCCUCAUGUAUGCUGUUGUCUAAAACUGAAGAGUAUCAUCAAGGUUGAUGAACACAAAUGACUUGAAGUACAACAGCUUGAGAAUCCUACUUCUAUUUAUCCUCCUUCAUUUUUGCAAAGGUUGGGAGUUCAUGCAAAAAAAAAAACUCACUGAAUCAGUUAACUAUUUUAAAGAAUUUGUACGUUGAUGGGUUAAUUUACGUGUAAUUAAUAUACAAGGAAGAUACCGUAAUAGCCUGGCCAUCUUUGGGACCCCUCAGGAUCCAAACCAUAGGGAGCCAGUCUAAUACUCUAGACCAUACUUGAAUAACCUCUGUUUGUGCAUCACCUGAUGGUAGUGCCACUCACAUUUUCACUUAACCUAUAUGUGUCAUUGUUUUCCAGAUGAAACUGCCCAGAAACAUCUUCUCUAAUAUACUGCACUUGAACGUAUUUUAUAUUUGUAAAAUUGGUAUGAUUCCAAACACUAUGUUUUCAGGCCAUAUAGGAUUUCCUUAUAAAGCUAUUGGUAGCCACUGGCAUUAAUGUUGAACAUGAUUUAGCAGAUAAUGCUUGUUUUUCUAAUCUAUUCUUUUUUUUAUGAUAUGUAAUACUUUUUUGAAGAGCAGCUGUUUUCAUAGUUCACCAUUCGUGAAUUACGGAUACAUGAACACUACUGCUAAUAAGCCAUAUUUAUACAGCCUGAAAGGGUAGUGUAUACAUGCUAAAAUUGGAGUUUGGGAGCUUUGGCAUAAGUUCGAAGCCAUUUCACUUCUGACAUUUCAAAAAUACAUGCUUUGGGCAAUUCCAUGAGACUGUCACAUCCGUUACCACUUUAAAUGGUUCUGCUGUGCUCUCACCACGUCCCGGAGAAUUAGGGUUUGUCCGUUAUUUCUUCAUCCUUUGGAGGUUAAGAAGUCUCUGGGACCACGAUAUCACAGCACUACCAUUGGAAGCAGUAAGGGAUGUGACAGUGUCAUGGAAUUACCCUUUUAGUUUUAAUUUAUCACCAUUUAUCCAUGCCUGAUAUCCCUAAUCAGACUUGUUCAGCAAUCAGGGUAUGAGAUGCAAGCCCAUGAUCAACCAGCUACAAGCAAACUGGGUGAGAAACAGGCAUUGUGGACAGGAAGUUGUGCAGUACAGAAGGUCCCAAGGAGCAAGGCUAACAAUUGCAGUUUUAGGUUGAGCUCCAAAUACAGUCAAACUACCUGCCUGUGUUCAUGGACAAGACACUUCAUCUACAUUGUCCCAGUACACCCAGCUGUAAAUGAGCACCAGUGUCAUGCACAAUAUUAUCCCACAGUCUAUAUUUUGCUACGGAAACUCACUCCCACCCACCCCCAAACAGAAAUAUGGACCCAUCUGUUUACAUGAUAAAGACUUAUUGCUAAGAUCCACCAAUGAUGCUGUGUAACAGAAUACUGCUAUUGAUGGUGAUGAUGCCACCAAACUAAACUAUAACCCAAGGAAAACUGAAAAAAGUUUAACUUAACAUUCUGUAUAUAGAAGGUUAAGAAAAGGUUGGGUUUGAUAUUUUCAUUUCAUGGACUUACAAAAAUCAUAAUUUUUUUUUGCCCUAAAUACUAUGGCCAACAUGCAUUACUGUCUCAUCAAAAUCAUAUUUAUCACCCGGGUUCAUAUUCCACAUGGGGGGGGUCCAUAUUUAAAAUCUGACACCAGCUUUGAAGAAGUAAUCUGCAAAGAACUGGCUUCCUAUGAAACUGGGAGUCAUAGACUCCCAUGCACUUCAUGCUACAGUAUCUGGUGAUAAGCAUUGGCACCAGUGGGCCUUAUGGCAUGUAUGAGAUUUCCUUUUGAAUACAGAAAUGGUUGUGAUUACUCAGGGAGUGGCGGAAAACAGAGCUGCCCCAUGCAAACAUGCUGUGACACUGGUUGUACCACCUGUGACAGUAUUUUUAACCUCAAUUUUAAGAUUUUAUAUACAUCCAUACAAACUGUUGUAAUAUUUGUAUGAAUUGGAAUUAGACUGUGCUUUUUGGAGAAACUUGUUCACCCAUGUAUUUGCAUUUUAACACUUACUGUAAAAUGCAUGUAAGCCAUAUAUUUAACUUGGUGUUUAGGUUUAUUAUUAUGUACUUCCAUGCAUUCAAAGUUUCAAAAUCUGUUAAAUGUCUUUGUCAGUGGCACGCAAUGUUAUCAUGCAGCAUGGAAUUGUUUUGUGCAGCAUUCCAAAAUGGAUCACUUCACCCAAGUCAUGAAAACAUAUUGCUUGCAAUCAUUAUAUUAGAAGUUCAGGAUUUGUGAUGUCCAUUUUACCUCUUCUGUUAACAGUGCUGGCCAAGUGGUUAGUGUGCUUAGUUUCAGUGCUGAAGGUUCUCGGUUCAAACCCCACUCCUGCCACAUGUCUCCAUGUUAUGUGGUGUUGCAUCAGGAAGAGCGUCCGGUGUACAAAAAAAUCAAACAGGCAGAUCCACCAUUGAUCUGCUGUGGUGACCACGAGUGAAAAACAUGGGAGCAGCCAAAGGGACUUACUUUUAUUAACAGUACUGCAAACUAAAUUGCGUUUACCUACCAGGGUUUUGGCAGCCUGGGAACCAGAUGAGUCACAUUUGAGAAUUCAGCUGGGUGUGCCAGGGUAGGGUAUUGGAGGUUUAUGGUGGAAAUCAUCAAUCGUGAUCUCAAAA